UGUAAUAUGUUUUCUUCCUUGCCUCAAAAUUUACUGCUGAUGCCCAUGCUGAAAGAACCCAGAUUUCUUAAGCUUAGGUAAAAGUCAGUUUUGUGUAUUGUGUAAGCUGCUGCACAUCCUGAUAUUGUGUCACGGCUAAUGUCAUUGCAUCCGAAACAUUUCAUUGCAAAAAAGGAACUGCAGUCAUAUGUCUGGGGUCACUGAUCAUGAUGAGGCAGCAGUGAUACUUCAGGAUCCCUUUAGCACUUUGUGAAGUUUGGACAGAGAAAGAUAUUAAUGGAGUCUGAAAUCACCUAUGCAGAAAUUCGCUUUCCCCAAGAACCCGGGGGCUCAAAACUGACUGGAGGCAAAAUAAAAUCGCCAUUGAAGAAGCUUCCUACAUCCAAGAGACAACAUCUACUUGUGGUACUCACCUGUUGCUCCCUCUUCUUCUUCUGUUUCAUAGUGAUGACUAUAAUGUAUAUCUUGGCAUCUGUUAACCUUCCUAAAGCAUCAGAGGAAUACAAAGCCAUUAAUUCUACCCUUCUGCAGCACCGGGCACAGUCUGAAGAGCUUCAGCUCAAUUACACCAAGUUUUUGAGAUGCAUGAUCGUCAGUAGCCAAUCUUGUGAGGUGACAAACAGUUCAAACAGUCUGAAGAGCCAUAUGUGUCCAGUAGGAUGGCUAAUACAUAAUGCAAGCUGUUACUAUUUCUCAAAAGACAAGCUGACAUGGGAACAGAGUAAGAAUGUCUGUGAAUCCUGGGAUUCCCACCUUCUUACAAUAAACAGCCUGGAUGAGCAGAAGUUUAUUACUGAGACACGAAAGUGUGGAAAUUGGUGGAUGGGCCUCAAUGACCUGCAAAAAGAAUCAGAAUUCAGAUGGGUUGAUGGCAGUGCAGUGGAAGUGAUGUAUUGGGAUAGAUUGCAGCCUGAUAAUUAUAGAGAAGCAGAACAUUGUGCAACAAUAGGAGAAAUCGGUUGCAGCAGAAAAGAUAACAACUGGAACGAUGAUAGGUGUGAGAGACCCUAUUCCUAUGUUUGUGAGAAGGAGGCAGAGACUUUGUUGGACUUCUGGGUAAUGCUUCAGAAAUGAUAAGGGCUCAUCCUUCGCAAUCUUUACCUGUAGAAGGAAAACCUUUGCAGACUUCAACAGCAGUAAUGACGCCAGGCGUAUGGGAUGAAAUACUGAAUUUAACGGCUUGAAUUACAAAUUGGGAGAUGGAUUGGAGUUCAUUGUAUCCCCCCCCCCCUUCCUUGUUAUUUAUGAACUAAAACUCUCACUGUUUCUGACUUUGGGUGAUGUUCUAUACUCUUUUGGGGAUCAGAUCUAAGUUCUAAAGUUUGUUCAGUAUGUGAUCGUUUACACCUUUCAUUUUUUAGUGGUUCCGUGGCACAAAUCAAGUCACUGAGUUGUCACCAUAUAUGUAUAGCGUGUUUUCGGAUUAUUGUUUUAGUCUGGAACUCGCAGUUUGUAUACUUAUAAUAUAAUAUAUAUAUUAUAUAAA